AUGCAAGCAGAAAUAUUCCGAGGAACACCCCUCAACAACGAAUACGAGCUCAUCCCUUUCAACCACUUCACAUACAGCCGCGUCUAUCCAAUAGACCUAGGUCUAGGCAAACGCGUCGUCGAGAAGCCCAUCGGAUACAAACGAAGAGACAUCUUAGAAGCUCUAAUGAAGGGAGUAGAGAUCCUGAAUAGAAACAUCACAGAAAAAAUCGGGAAGUACACCCUAGAUGACUUCUUGGAAGGCCUAUACAGGGUUGAACCGACCACGGGAACUCAGUACGAACUUUAUUUCAAGACGAGGACAUCGAGCUUCACCAAGGUGGUCGUCAUGAGACCUUUCGCUCCUCUGCAAACCAUCAAGACCAUGGCAUUGGCUGGUCCCAAGGAGAAGGAACUGAUUCAUAUAAUACUGCCACUCUCUGGCAGGACUGCUACCUUCCAAGGAUUCAUGGACAAAUUCGUGAAGAUUGCACUCAAGAACGAUAGGAGAGUGCAUCUGACUGUCGUCUACUUUGGAGAGGAGGGUCUCUCGGAAGCUAGAUCUAUAAUGUCUAGAGUGCUCAUGACGAAGAACAGUGGGGGUAGUGCUAAUAACUUGAGGCUCCUGGCUCUGAAUGAGACUUUUUCCAGGGGCAAAGGAUUGAGAGUGGGGGCUGAAAGGACGUGGGACGAAAAAGUCAACGACAAAGACAAAGACAGAGACGUGCUUUUGUUCAUGUGUGAUGUGGACGUGGUAUUCAGUGCCAGGUCUGAUUUCCUGAAAGUUCGUGGUUUCGAUGAAGACAUAGUGGGCUGGGGCGGAGAAGACGUGAUGCUGUAUAGAAAAUACGUGAGGAGUAAUAUGAAGGUCGUCCGAGCUACAGAUCCAGGAAUAUUCCACAUCUGGCAUCCGAAGGUAAGAGACAUGGAAGGCCCAUUUCACAAUCUUCAUUCAAUACAGAUUCUAAAAGAAGAUACUGGAUUAUAG